CUUUCCUUUAACAGUCGCGAUGAGGUUCAACCAAAGUAGGAAAAGUAUAUUAUGUUUAGAGUCAAUUGCGAAACUUGCUGUGGUGUUUUGUGUCUUACCAAACUGUGAAUUCAAAAAUCGGCCGCUUCAUCAACACAUGUUUUUGAAGUUUUACACCCUCAUAAUCAUUUCUGUCGUGUUCGGAACUUCAGUUUACUCGAUUUAUUCUCGAUAUACGAAUGCAGAAGAGAUAUAUGGAAACAUUGGAGCAGUUGUGAAGUUUUUAGACAUAUGUAGUGAACUUUUUGCACUGUUAUUAUUUUUAAUAUCAGCGUUUGGUUCUAUUUCUAGAAAGGCAAUCAAAUGGAAUGAAUUGAUCCAGAAAUUUGUGAGUUUAGAAGAUUCUCAAAAUCUCAACACCGAGGAAACGAAAGACUUUAGUUUCUUCUCUAAUGCCAGCUCCAUGUUUAUUAUCAGCAGUUUUGCACAUUUCGUCUUAUGGUAUUUAGAGACCGUGUACAACCCAGCAGGUUCAAUGACUGUAAUACGAUACUACGGAGUCAACUGUUUUCUAACUUACGCGGAACUUUUUCAUAUCAAUAUCAUCUCUAAUUUAUUCAUUUGCAUCAAACGCAAAUAUGAAGAUGUGAACGAAAUUGUUAUGAGAAAUGAUACCGACAUUUUCAAUAUAACACAGAGGAUAAAAAUAGUUGAAAGGCUCUACUCAGAAAUGGAUACAAUAACAAUACUGGUUAAUGAGUGGUACGGUUGGAUAUUUUUAGCAAUGUUCUCUCAGAUUAUCAUGAUGAUACUCCAUACCCUAACUUCACCUAUAUCCCUCUAUUAUUUGUCAUCGAACAAAAUGGAAAUAUGGUCCGAAGCCCAAAUAUUGCAUAUUAUAUAUGGAAUAUUUUCAAUAGUAAGUGAAUAAUGUUGAUUUUUUGCACUU